UUUUUUAAAAGACAAUACUCCGCGCAUGCGCACAUCGAAAAAGAAAGCAGACCUCUGCAGCUCUGAACAAUUUUUUAGCUAAAUAGUUUAAUGGCAGUGAUAUUUGUAAUUUAAAUAAAGAUGUCCAAAGCGCCUGUACCGCAGGCCAGUGCUUCAGCAGGCAACUUCGGACCUUCGUCAUCAUCAUCUUCUUCUUCGCCGCCUUUGUCUUGUUCAGCCAACGCUGUGCACGCGCACACGGAGAAGCCACAACACUACACAUAUCUGAAGGAGUUCAGGACUGAGCAGUGUCCUCUGUUUGUGCAGCACAAGUGCACCCAGCAUCGUCCCUUCACCUGUUUCCACUGGCACUUUCUGAACCAGAGACGGAGACGGCCCAUUCGCAGGCGGGACGGCUCGUUUAACUACAGCCCCGAUGUUUACUGCGCCAAGUACGACGAGGGCACAGGCACCUGCCCCGACGGAGACGAAUGUCCAUUCCUGCACCGGACAGCCGGAGACACAGAGCGACGCUACCACCUGCGCUACUAUAAGACCGGCUCCUGUAUUCAUGAGACGGACGCGAAAGGGCACUGCAGUAAAAAUGGCCCCCACUGUGCCUUUGCUCAUGGCUCUCACGAUUUGCGAUGUCCCAUCUACGAUAUUAGGGAGGUCCAGGCUCUGGAGGCUCAGACUGGAUCCAGUUUGAUGGAGAGCGGAGUCGGGGAUGGACAGUCCGGAUUAGUGGCCAGCGCCGCUCUUAUAGAGAAGACAUUGUGCGAGGAGCCACGAUGGCAGGAUAACAGCUACGUGUUGUCACACUAUAAGACCGAGCUCUGUAAAAAACCUCCUCGUCUCUGUCGCCAAGGUUACGCCUGCCCGUAUUAUCACAACAGCAAAGACCGCAGGCGCUGCCCUCACAAGCACAAAUACAGAGCCUUGCCGUGUCCCUCAGUGAAGCACAGUGAUGAGUGGGGAGACCCGAGUAAGUGUGAAAGCGCCGAGAGCUGUCAGUACUGUCACACACGCACCGAGCAGCAGUUCCACCCUGAGAUCUACAAAUCCAGCAAAUGCAACGAUAUGCAGCAGAGUGGCAGCUGCCCCAGAGGGCCGUUCUGCGCUUUCGCCCACCUCGAGAAAGCAAGUGUGAGCGAGGAUCAGACUUUCCCAGAGUUUAGCUCUUCUCCCUCCUCAGCCCUCACUUCAGCAAUCACAGACAACCCAGAGCAAAGCCUUCUGGGAAGGAUUCUGUUUGAGGAGACCUCCAUUUUGGAUCCCCUCACUUCCAUCUGGGCUGGAGAGGGGGGUUAUGGGAAAGCGCCCGGCUUUGAACGGGAGGAUCAGGCAAAACAGAAGACGUAUGCAAUGGAACAUCGCAAUAGAGAAAUUGGUUUACAUAGCAAGCCGGAGCUGUCUGUGUACUUACCAGUGGGCAGCCCCCUCAGCCUCUCAUCCAGUGUGCCCUCUAGCCUGGCAGCGACUCCCCCAAGCCCCGCCCCUUCUUCUAGCAUGAAUGCCAACGCGUUGCCGUUCUACCCCACCAGCGACACCGUGGAAUCUGUAGUAGAGUCUGCACUAGAUGAUCUGGACCUGAACGCGUUUGGAGUGUCGGCAUUGGAGAAAAGUCUGGAUGGCAGCUCCGCGUCCAGCAUGGGACUCAUGUUAGGAGGAAGUCAGCUUCAGAGUUCGGCUCCUGUCAACAUCCCUGGAUCGUUCAGCAGCCCCUCCCCUUUCCGAUCCGCCUCUCCCUCUCCUCCAAUCAGAGCUCACGCUUCUCCAUUUCUGUCUGCCCAGUUACCACCACCCACGCAGUCCGAGAGCAGCUUUUUGGGACCUUCUCAUAGUUCUUUAGGUCUGAAUGGAAUGAACAGUAGUAUCUGGGAACAUUUUCCCCUGGGUUGUUCCCCUGGGACACCUCCAGCCCUGCUCUCUACUGGACCCAUGUUCUCCGAGGCGUCCCGUCUGAAACAGGAAUUGGAGGAGGCUCACAGGGUGCUGAAGCACUGGGACCACAGCUGGAGGCAGAUGUCUCGGUCAUGGGCGGUGCUGAAGGCUGAUGCCGAAGAGGCUCGGUUGCUGGCAGGCCGGUUGGGUUUGGAGGCAGAGAGAGCACGUCAGUCUGAAGAGGAGGUGCAGGAACAGGUUACGCUCCUCAAGGAGGCGCUAGAGAGCUUACGCACCUCCGAUAAUCCCUUACUGCAGCUUCACCAGCUCCAGCUGUUACAUAAACUCCCUCUGGGCUCCAUCUGCAGCCUGCAAACUCAGAUCUGCACCUGCUUGCGGACGGUGGAACAGGCCGUGUACAGGAAGCAGCGGCUAUGUUGCAUGUCGUGUGAGGAUUUGGGCUCCGUGGCAUCGCCGUGUCAACACGGUGUGUUUUGCGAACGUUGCGCGUCCUCGGCCAAAUGCCCGGUGUGUUCCGAGCGUCAGCAGAGCCUGAAUCUACCCCAGUCCUAAUCAACAGCCAUAUAAUCCUGAACAGUUCCCUACACUUAGCACUGAACAUGGCUCUGAGCUUCUUCAAUCUUCCUCCUGGAGAUUUAGUUCAGUUCCAGCUCAGAUCCAGCAUUCCCACAGCCAGGUGCUUCAGCUGCACUACAACGUUACAAGUACACAACUGGCAUCAUUUUAAGUGUACAAAGCAAUCUAAUAAAUAAAAAAAAAAACCUCCAUAUCCUAUCAUAUAAAUUAGACCAUUUUCUUUGUUGCAAUUGUUUGAUGGUAAUUUUAUUUAAUUUUUUAUUUAAUCGGUUGAGAAUCCAAACCUCAACUCGGAACGCCAAGCAUUGUUUAUUUUAACACACAAUUUUAGUCAAGUUCAAUAUUCCUGGCUAUGACAGCAGCUCUAACAGUAGUCCCAUUUCCAAAGCACAGACCGAUAUCAAUGCGCUCGUUCUGAUACGUUUCUAUAGUAACCACACGCUCGGAUGGCGUAGACUUCAUAAACACUUUUUUUGUUUGUUUUUUGUAAGAUGUUAUUUAUCGAUAACAUUUUGGAAGGAGUCUUUAGUCUUAGCGGAUUGUGUGUGUGUGAGUCUGGUUAGGACAGCACUGCGUUUCAGUGACACAUAUAAGGGGAUGAAUUAAUAUUAAAGUUAAGCUGCUGCAUCUGGCUGCAUUUUCAGACACACAGUAUGUUAUGAUGAAUAUGGGCUCCAAUAGUUUCUAGGAUUUUAAUUUUGUAAGCUUUUUUGCAUGAAUCCUGAUCUCCAGGAGAAGGUUUGAAAUGGCAGAGUAAAACUUUUUACCUCAGCUCUCUUACUUUUUCUCUCACACACACACACACACACACACUUAACCUUAAGACAGGAAUAUGGGUGAAAAUUAGCAGUAUGCAGGUCCCAGGUCAACAACCACGACACACUUCUGUACGCCUCUCCACAUUCUUUUACGCUCUGUGGCGCUCAUUCGAGUGACAUCUGUCCUCGUGUCGGAUCGAAUACGGUGUCCUGCUUCCAUGACACGCUCCUGAACUCGGGGCACAACGUCGAUACCGUGCACAAAAAAACUUUACCCUUUUGUACCUUUUAAUGUGUAUAUUUAAUAUAGUGUACAUUUUAAAACUCGAUUUUAAUCAGUGAUCCUUUUUAGAGUAAAGCUUUAGAGGUGCACUAUAUGUUCCUUUCUAGGUAAAAGAUACACAAAGGUGCAAAAGGAAAAGUAUCGGUGUCGACUCUCUCCAUUCGAUCCUUUAUAGCGAAUAGGGAACGGGCGAGACAUGAAGCGAUCACAGAUCACUAGGGCUUUCACUUUCUAUCCCUACCUACACUAGUCUGAAAUCUCUCUUCUAUCUUCUUUUUCUACACACACACACAUACGCAUAUAUAUACACACACACUCAUGUGUAUGGCAUUUUAUGGCUGUCGGCUAGUACCAGUUACUACUUUUUUUUUUUUUUUAACCGAAUUUCGAUAUUGUGAUAAAGAAAAAGCUAUGAUUGUGGGAAUUAAAAUAUCAGCCAUAUGAAUGUUUGUUUAAUAUCGGCGCUAUCGUUUUGACUCGUAUUUUUUCCGGUCUGUCGAUCUGCUUUUCGUUUAGACGUAGACGGUCGAGUAAAAACUAUUUUUCCAGACUGCACAAAUUUCCCAGACGAACCAGGAAGUGCUGGAACAACCGAACCGAUUAUCUCUUAGAGGUUGAGAUUAACAAUGCAGUGUGUGAAUGUGUUUAUUGGAGGAAUGUUUGGGAUGCACCAGCUGGGUAACGGCGGACUGAUAUGAAACCGAUAUCCGGAUCGCUGUUGGUUUAAAUCUGUCACAAUUUUACAAAUACUGUGAAAGGGUUUCUGGAUUACUGAUAACACACAGAUGAUUAUGCAAGGAUUAUAAGACAUAACUUAUAGGAUCUGAACUUAAGGAGUUUAUCUGUUUACAGCUGGCAGGUUUAGAUUGUUUAGGUUGUUUGUUGGAAAAUGUGCAAGCCAAAGACCUUCUCAGUAGAGGUCUUCUCGGGUCUAAAAAAAUGUACCAGACCUGAAGUGACCCGAAGCACUUUUUACCCGAACCCGACGUGCAUAAUUAAUUUUUUAUUUUUUUUAAUAAAGACCCGACCUGAGACAAACACGAAAAAAUUAGACCCGAGUCCGACCCGACCCGUUGGCAAUGUUUUUUUUUAACCCGACUGGACCCGAAUGUUGCAUAACUCUACACUAAAGUAACCGCUACAACGUGGAUUCAAAAUUGAUUGACAGGUCUGUUUCAAUGAAAAUUAGCUUACUGCCAGCCACACGAUUUCUCAAGCGGUCUUGGCAAAUAGAGGAGCGAUUUGAAAAGGACUCGAGUUGAUGCACACACGCGAGAUACAGUCUUCUCGGGUCCGUUCGGUAAAAACACAUUUAUUUUAAAUUACCCGAGACCCGAUGCCGCUAUUAUUAGACCCCACCCGUGUCCGAGGCACACGUGGAACUUUUACACCCGAACCCGCUCGGGUCUCGGGUCGGACCUCGGGUUUUCGGAUAUAAGUGGACCUGUGAAGACGUCUACAUCACAGUAUCUGUGUUUGAUGCAGAAUGGGGACGAGUUAUCAUAGUGAAGUGACUAAACUCCAGUUUAUGCAAAAUAUCCAAUAUAUUUAGCCAUCAAACCUGCUGAAUAGCUGGACGACUAUCUUUAGUUAAGCGUUUGAAUAUUUUGAGUUUGGCUGCUGUUUAAUAAAUCUGUGAGAACCGCAACUGACCAAGUCGAGACUCGGACUCGUGUCGAGCAUCGACCAUGCGAUAACCAUGCAAUCUAGUUUUCCUAAUUUAGCGAGAAUACGUAGGUCUAUUUCCAAAUUGUUUGCUCACUCUCGUGUGGCAUGCGUAACGACCGAUCGUUAUCGUGUAUAGCAGGUCAUAUAUAAGUCAUAGACCACCAUUUUGUUCGUUCGUUCGUUCAUAAAUAUCUAUAGGCAAACAAUAACCAUAGGAAAACGUACAGAAUAUAACCGCAUUUAAAUUCAAACGGCCGUGUAGUACUUAUCAAUGCAGGUCCAAAUUACAUAUAAAAUAUUUAUUCAUUCGUGUAUUCAUAUUCACAACAGUAAGAUGCUAUCUAAAGAUCUCCCAGGUAUGUUCUAUAGUUUAAUUUUAUUCUAUUCUAUUCCUGGCUGGAAUAAUUUAAUACAGUAUAGCUGUUUGACUGAAAAUAAAAGGAUCAAGACCAUAGUUGUGUACAUAUUUUAUCUCAUAAUGCAUUUUUUUUUUUAAAUAAAUUAAUCAUUUGGGGGGGGGGGGGGGGGCACGGUGGCUUAGUGGUUAGCACGUUCGCCUCACACUCCAUGGCUGGGGGUUCGAUUCCCACCUCCGCCUUGUGUGUGUGGAGUUUGCAUGUUCUCCCCGUGCCUCGGGGGUUUCCUCUGGGUACUCCGGUUUCCUCCCCCGGUCCAAAGACAUGCAUGGUAGGUUGAUUGGCAUCUCUGGAAAAUUGUCCGUAGUGUGUGAGUGUGUGAGUGAAUGAGAGUGUGUGUGUGAUGGGUUGGGACUCCGGCCAGGGUGUAUCCUGCCUCGUUGCCCGAUAAUGUCUGAGAUAGGCACAGGCUCCCCGUGACCCGAGAAGUUUGGAUAAGCGGUAGAAAAUUAAUUAAUUGAUCAAUCAAUCAUUUGCUGUUAGAAAGUUAUUAAUGACCCAGUUGUGUAAUUCAACCAAUCAAUUAAAAAAUUAUUUUCCAAUAAGAGAGACAGAGCGAGAGAGUUCACAACUCCUCUAUUUCCUCCUAUCAGAUUUGAGAAUCCAUCACUGUUCAUUAUUACUCCAUGUUCAGAGUUUCAGCACCUGUAAAAAUUCAGAUUCGCUCGUACGCAGCUCUGAUAUCGGUAUCGUAUCACAUCAGGAACACUCAGUGCAUCUCUGUUUUAAUGAAUACUUACGAUAUGCAGAAUCCGUCUACACAGAUCUCGGAUUUCAUUCGAAAUCCCGCUCGAAACGUCUUCACUACAAAAAGCUGUUAUCUUACGCCUUGAAGCUUUUUUCUGAUUCGUUUCGGUAUUCGGUGUGGACAGGUGUCUAAUAGUGAAGUUUGAAUUUUAGCUUCUUUUAUUAUCGAUUAUUAUCGUGCGCACUGACUCGAGUACGGCGGAGAUCCGUGAGACUUCACAGCCAGGUGAAGGGCUGCUACACAGAGUAGUGUGUUCUCACUGAUAAGGUUUUAUUCAGCUCCUCAGGAAGGAGAUCAGCAGCCGGUGAGACGGAAUCACGCUGGAGCUGUGCAGAGUUUACAUUUGACUCCUUUUUAAGCUUUUCAGAUCAGAGCUUCACUGUAAGGUCUGUAAUCGUCUGCUCCAAACCGUUCAGUAUUGCAUUCUGUUUUUCUACAAAACAAUAAACAAAUGUAUAUUUUUUGAUUAA